AUGCAGGGCUUUAAUAUGGGACGGUAUGUCCCACCGGACCAAGAAGGGCUGACAACCGGAAACAAACUCGCGGGGAAGCACGCGCUCGGCGCGCGCGCGCGGCACCUGCACACAACAGGCGCACUAAUUGUGCGCUUCGAGAUGCCAUUCGCAGUAUGGUGCGAGACUUGCAAACCGCACCCCGUAAUAAUCGGUCAAGGCGUGCGAUUCAACGCGGAAAAGAAAAAAGUAGGCAACUAUUACUCAACACCGAUCUACAGCUUCCGCAUGAAACACACUGUCUGCGGCGGAACCAUCGAGAUCAGGACCGAUCCCCAGAACACAGCCUACGUUGUUACCGAAGGUGGACGCAAACGCGAUACGGGCGAAGACAAGGAGCUACAACCUGGAGAAAUUGCUAUCAAGCCCUACGCACGAGAGAUGGAUCCCGCGGAGAAAGAUCCGUUUUCGAAGAUCGAGGGGAAGAUCGAGGAUAAGAUUCGUGCAAAGACCGAGGCAGCUCGCAUUCUUGAGAUUCAGGAACGACAGAAUCGUGAUUGGGAGGACCCGUAUGCGAAGUCUAUGCGAUUGCGGAGGACGUUUCGACAGGAGAGGAAGGGACUCGAGAAGGCUCAGGCGAAGACUGAGGCCCUCAAGGACAAAAUGAGUCUUGGGAUUGAGCUCCUGGAUGAGACCGAGGCGGAUCGGCAGAGAGCGAGCAUGGUGGAGUUUGGUGAAAACAUCGAUGAUGUUGCCUCGCAUGCUGCCCGCGUGACUCGUCUUCGGCCUAUGUUUGAGCAGCAGCCGGAAAAGCCUGCACGAAAGACGGGCCCAGAAGACAAGAAAUCUCGUUCUUCGAAGCGGUCUCGGAAGGAUGAUCUGGUUGCGGCGCGGAAAGAUUCUCUCCGCCGUGAGCUGGCUGGGAAUACUCGUGCUACUAUCGACCCGUUCUUGGUGAAUGAUGCAAAUUCUCCAAAUGCAUGGAAACCUAUCAUCAAGAAGAGGAAGCCCAUCGCUUCUUCGACUCGAUCUCGACGUGAAGAUCCCAGUGGCAUGGAAAAUGAUUCCACUGCCGUGGCACCAACACCAACACCAGUGCUGGUCAACUACCCUUCCGACUCGGAGUGA